GAGCGCGGCCUUUAGCCAGCGAAGGCAGCUCUGGAGAACCCGCUGUGGCGGCGGCAACAUGGCUGACGUGCUAAGUGUCGGAGUGAACCUGGAGGCCUUUGCUCAGGCCAUCAGUGCCAUCCAGGCGCUGCGCUCCAGCGUGAGCAGGGUGUUCGACUGCCUGAAGGAUGGCAUGCGGAACAAGGAGACGCUGGAGGGCCGGGAGAAGGCCUUCAUUGCGCACUUCCAGGACAACUUGCAUUCUGUCAACCGGGACCUCAAUGAGCUGGAACGUCUGAGCAAUUUGGUAGGCAAGCCAUCCGAGAACCAUCCUCUCCAUAACAGUGGGUUGUUAAGCCUGGAUCCUGUGCAGGACAAAACUCCUCUUUAUAGUCAACUCCUUCAAGCAUAUAAAUGGUCAAACAAGUUGCAGUACCAUGCAGGUCUGGCAUCUGGCCUUUUGAAUCAACAGUCCUUGAAACGCUCUGCUAACCAGAUGGGAGUAUCUGCUAAACGGAGACCGAAGGCUCAGCCCACGACUCUUGUCUUACCACCUCAAUAUGUUGAUGAUGUGAUCAGCCGCAUUGACAGGAUGUUUCCUGAAAUGUCCAUCCACUUAUCCCGGCCCAAUGGCACAUCAGCAAUGCUUCUGGUGACCUUGGGAAAGGUGUUGAAAGUGAUUGUCGUCAUGCGGAGCCUAUUCAUUGAUCGAACAAUAGUAAGGGGAUAUAGUGAAAAUGUCUACACAGAAGAUGGCAAGCUUGAUAUAUGGUCCAAAUCCAACUAUCAAGUGUUCCAGAAGGUGACGGACCACGCCACCACUGCCCUGCUCCACUAUCAGCUGCCCCAGAUGCCCGACGUCGUGGUCAGAUCCUUCAUGACCUGGUUAAGAAGUUACAUAAAGCUGUUCCAGGCCCCGUGCCAGCGCUGCGGGAAGUUUCUACAAGAUGGCCUUCCCCCGACAUGGAGGGAUUUCCGAACCCUCGAAGCCUUCCAUGACACCUGCCGUCAGUGA